CUUCUGCCACCAUCACCUUUGUCCAUUCUUGGUCCAUUUGAGCCGUGUUCGAGCCUCGUUCUGUUAUAGCAGCGCUAUCUGGGGACACAUCAACUGGACGCAAUGGCCUUUGACCUCUCUGCUCUGUUAACGGCAUCGAAAGGGCUCACUUCACAUUUGUCAAGACCGGAACUUCCUUCAGUCAACCUCUCGCUAGACCAGAUAGAAGCCCAGUCUCGCAGGCUCGUUUCACGACAACCAGAGAGCUCGAGUGAUGCUGAUCGCGCAAAUUAUCUCCUUGCACAAGCACGCGUAGAUGCCUCAGCCUUGUCAAGUUCCAUAGCGCAUCUCAAUGCCUCAACCACUUUUUCACCUUUGCAGCCACUUCAAGACACAGAUGUAGCGGGCUAUCUGCGCCACGCACAUGAACAGACAUUGAUUUCCACUAUCGAGGAAGGACGACGGGAAACGCAGGAGGAUUUCUAUCGUAUGCUUGAAGAACGGACAAGGAAAGACUGGGAAGCCAAAAAAAAACGCGUCUUUGAGGAGCUCGGAGGACGCGUUAAUGUUGAAAAUAAGGCCGUCAUCGAGCUAAAAAAGAGCUUCCAUGGGAAGAAUAGUCUCAUUUCGAGCUCGACACCAAGCGUCACGCUGCAAAUGCAAAACAGGAUGAUGGCCUAUGACCGUGUUGUUAUCGAUCUCAACGCUACCCGUUUGCGCGGCGUUUCAUUCCCAAUCGUUCACUCCUUCAUGGACGUAGCAAAUUCUUUAAACGACCCCCGUUCCGCACAAAUGGCCCAAACAUUCCAAACCUUGGCGAAAAUAACUGCUGAGCCACCUGCGCUGCCUCCGGUUGAACAUGCAAGCGCUCAUAUCCUUAAUGCCCCCUUAUUUGAACGGAAAUAUGCAAGAGCGUAUCUAGGGGAUCCAGAGUCUCGAGAUGCCAUUGCUCUUCGACGACAAAUCACAAAAGGAGCACGAGAAUCCCUAGAGUUGCAAUAUUGGGAUGUCAUGGAUCGGACAGUGCAGUCGCGGCCUACAGAGGCACUCUUGGGCGGCGACCCUAGUAUAUCAAACAAAGUGCGCGCUUUCUUAUUUGUCCGAUACUACAAGAAUGGAGAAUGGGAAGAUCGGAUUGAGCUUGUGGCUGGGCAACCAUUGUGGGCGCGAUUAUUUUACCUUGUUCGAACGGGCCAUUUGGAUGAGGCGUUAGACGAGGCUGUACAGUUCCAGCAAGCCAUUGAAAGACGUGAAGUGAGUUUCGUCAGUCACUUCAGGACAUGGGUUGAGUCACCAGACCGGAGACUUCCUAAAGCUCACCGAGAUCAUCUGCAAUCCGUGUUUAAUGCUCACAUGUUGCACUCAGCUGCAACGGAUCCGUUCAAACUUGCGCUUUACAAACUCAUGGGCAAAUUAGAACCGACGCGGCGGAGUGUUCCCCACGUUACCACAACGACGGAGGACUGGUUGUGGUUCCAGCUUGCCAUGAUUGAGGAGGAGGAAGACGGUGGAUUGCGCGGAUUCGCUGAGGUGAUACUUGGAUAUGGUGAGAGACAAUUCGAUGGCAGUUCGAGGAAGGGAGUCUGGGCGAGUGUCCUCGUUAUGUGUGGACAGUUUGAGCGGGCUGUUGCGGCUCUUUGGGAGGACCAGGAAACGGAGAUUGAAGCAGUCCACCUUGCUAUUGCCUUCGCCUACCAUGGCCUCCUCCGGGUGCCCCCCCGCGCAGAAACCUCUGAAAUGACUCCAUUAUCGUUACCUCCUUCGUCCCCUCCUGCUUUGAGCAUCUCUACAAUAAUAUGGCGCUAUAUGAGGCAGUUCGUCAAAAUGGAUGCCAAGGAAGCACUGCAGUAUGUAUAUUGUGUGUGCUUAACCGCGGACCAAGGCGAAAUUGGAAAGGAGCAGAUGGAGAACGCCUGGGAACUUGUACGGCGUAUAAUCGUCCUUUGCAACAGCGGUCCUGGUUGGGAGGAGCUUGUUGGAGGCUUCAGACCCGACGGUUCAAGAUUCAAUGGUGUCAUUGAGCAAGGAGCGAGCUUGUUGAAACUAGACGAUCUUCGGCAGUACAACGAACAGAUCCUAAUUCGUGCCGCCAAAAACUCGGAAGAAAAUGAUCGGAUAUCUGAAGCUAUAAAGCUGUACAAUUUGGCAGGGGAUUACUCUACGGUUAUGUCGUGUCUUGCCCAGGCUUUGGGUAGUACGAUCGCACGCCCAAGUCCCGAUGAGAAGGCGCGUACCAUUGAGAGGACGGCAGCUGACAUUGUGCGGCAUUAUGAGCGGACAAACAGAGCUGCUGGGAAAGAUAAGGAUGCGGUAAUACGGCUGCUGAAGAUCCGGGAGGCUGUCGACGCUAAGCAUGCUGGUCGGCCCGAGACCGCGCUUCAAUGCAUGGAGACAACGGACCUUAUUCCGUUAGAUGGAGACGUGGCAAAAAUUACACGUAGGGCCGAAGAAUUCAAGGAGUUGCAUGACUCUUUACAACGAAAUCUGCCGACGUACAUUACCCUAACAAUGGAUGCUCUCGCUGGUAUUCAUCAAAAGGUCAAGGGGUCCCUCGUUCCCGAUGCUACGAGGCAUAUGACCCUGACUGCUGUGAGAAAGAAAUCCAGAUCGUUGAUGGUCUUCGCUGGGAUGCUCAAAUAUCGGAUGUCCCCGGACGUAUACUCCUACCUGGCGAGACUGGACGUCGAAAUUGCACUGUGAUCUACUUAUUGCUGUAAUACAUAUACCUUUUAUGUUCCUUUCCACUGAUUAUGACGAUGUGCGAAAAUAGACUAUGAAGAAUGCAUAACCGUCGCCGCCCUAUCUCCAAACCAAACCAAUCUACCUAAGCAACUUAAAUUUCGUAGGUGAAAUAUGCAAGAGUAAUUAUAACCAAAAAGCGAAGUGAUUGUAACAUGUGCAUAACGUCAAAGAUGAGAAUUGCUAAAAAGCUAUACUAAAGAGCAGACAAAAAUGAUACUCUCCCGCUU